AUGUCUCAAGUCGACGUGCAGCUCAAGGAUGUGGCCAUCCUCGGCUCCGUGAGCAACGAUGCUCGCAAGAUCCUCACCAAGGAAGCAUGUGCUUUCCUGGCCAUCUUACACCGCACCUUCAACCCUACCCGUAAAGCUCUCCUCCAGCGCCGUGUUGAUCGCCAGGCGGAGAUUGACAAGGGACACCUCCCCGACUUCCUUCCAGAGACCAGGGCUAUCCGCGAGGACCCUAGCUGGAAGGGUGCUCCCCCGGCCCCUGGUCUCGUCGACCGCCGUGUUGAGAUCACUGGUCCCACCGACCGGAAGAUGGUCGUGAACGCGCUGAACUCGGAUGUGUGGACCUACAUGGCUGACUUUGAGGACUCCAGCGCCCCCACCUGGGAUAACAUGAUCAACGGUCAGAUCAACUUGUACGAUGCUAUUCGCCGCCAGGUCGACUUCAAGCAGGGCAACAAGGAAUACAAGCUCCGCACUGACAGGACUCUUGCCACCCUCAUUGCUCGUGCUCGUGGCUGGCACCUUGACGAGAAGCACUUCACUGUUGACGGCGAGCCCAUCUCCGGCAGUCUGUUCGACUUUGGUCUGUACUUCUUCCACAACGCCAAGGAGUUGGUGGCCCGCGGGUUCGGCCCCUACUUCUACCUGCCCAAGAUGGAGUCUCACCUCGAGGCCCGUCUCUGGAACGAUGUCUUCAACCUUGGACAGGACUACAUUGGCAUUCCCCGCGGCACCAUCCGUGGUACUGUUUUGAUUGAGACCAUCUCUGCUGCUUUCGAGAUGGAAGAGAUCAUCUACGAACUCCGUGAUCACAGCUCCGGUCUUAACUGCGGCCGCUGGGAUUACAUCUUCUCCUUCAUCAAGAAGUUCCGCCAGCACCCCAACUUUGUCCUCCCUGACCGCUCCGACGUCACGAUGACUGUUCCCUUCAUGGACGCUUACGUGAAGCUUCUCAUCAAGACCUGCCAUAAGCGCGGUGUCCACGCCAUGGGUGGUAUGGCUGCUCAAAUCCCCAUCAAGGACAAUGCCGAGGCCAAUGACAAGGCCAUGGAGGGCGUUCGUGCCGAUAAGCUCCGUGAAGUUCGUGCGGGCCACGACGGUACAUGGGUGGCGCACCCCGCCCUGGCAACGAUCGCGACCGAGGUCUUCAACAAGUACAUGCCCACCCCCAACCAAAUGCACAUCCGCCGCGAGGAUGUCCACAUCACGGCCAACGACCUUCUCAACACCAACGUCCCCGGUAAGAUUACUGAGGAUGGCAUCCGCAAGAACCUGAACAUCGGUCUGUCCUACAUGGAGGGCUGGCUCCGUGGUGUCGGAUGUAUCCCUAUCAACUACCUUAUGGAGGACGCUGCCACCGCCGAAGUCUCCCGCAGCCAGCUGUGGCAAUGGGCCCGCCACGGCGUCACCACAUCCGAAGGCAAGAAGGUCGACAAGGCGUACGCCCUGCGCCUGCUCAAGGAGCAGGCCGACUCCCUCGCCGCCAAGGGCCCCAAGGGCAACAAGUUCCAGCUCGCUGGACGGUACUUCGCUGGCCAGGUCACGGGUGAAGAUUACGCCGACUUCUUGACCAGCCUGCUGUACAACGAGAUCUCGUCUCCUGGAGCCGCGUCAAAACUCUAA